GCCCCCUCUGCCACCAUCACCGCCCGCAGCAGCAGUAGCCUCCUCACCGGCUCCUCCGUCCUGUUCCCCCAACCUCCAACUCUCACCUUUGUUCUGCGGUCAUGGGGUGCGUUGUGUCCUUUUUGCCUGGGCUGCUGACGGGCUUGACCGUGCUGUGAGGCGGAUAUCAGGUGGAUUUAUGAUCCGCAAAGCCGCAACUACCAGCCGAGGGAAAUUAGUGGAACUUUGAGCUCCGGGAGGAUGCAGGUGACGUGUUGGUGCGCCGUGUUCCUCCUGACGCCUGCACUUUGCCUGGUUACAAGUGCCCACGCCUCAAAGUCGGACAUUGUCAAGUCAGGAAGCCCCAAAUCCACACUAAAGCAUAUAUGGACAGAAAGCAGUAAGGAUAUGUCCAUCAGUAGGCUGCUGUCACAGACUCUACAUGGCAAAGAGAACAGCACAGCCUUGGACCUUCGCUAUGACACUCCAGAGCCCUACUCUGAGCAGGACCUGUGGGACUGGCUGAGGAACACCACAGACUUGCAGGACUCGCGGCCGCGGGCUAAACGGCGGCCAAUGGUUAAGACGGGGAAGUUCAAGAAGAUGUUCGGCUGGGGGGACUUCCACUCCAACAUCAAGACGGUCAAACUCAACCUUCUGAUCACUGGUAAGAUUGUGGAUCAUGGCAACGGCACCUUCAGUGUCUACUUCCGCCACAACUCCACAGGCCAGGGUAACGUAUCCGUCAGCUUGGUCCCUCCAACCAAGAUAGUGGAGUUCGACGUGGCGGCGCAGCAGUCUGUCAUUGACGCCAAGGACUCAAAGUCCUUCAACUGCCGCAUAGAGUACGAGAAGGUGGAGAAGGGCGCCAAGAACACGCUCUGCAACUUCGACCCGUCCAAGACCUGCUACCAGGAGCAGACCCAGAGCCACGUCUCCUGGCUCUGCUCCAAACCUUUCAAAGUCAUCUGCAUCUUCAUUUCCUUCUACAGCACCGACUACAAACUGGUGCAGAAAGUGUGCCCAGACUAUAACUACCACAGUGACACUCCCUACUUCCCUUCUGGCUGAUGUUCCCAUACACUCGCAUACAGAAAGUGGACGAGUGGAGUACAGACUGGGGCUUCUACCAUCCCAGAGAAACGUGUAUGUUAGCCGUACUGUCCCUAAAUUCCAGAGUGUCAACCAUCCCAACUGAUUUCCUGAUUUAAUGUUCUGAAUUUUGCAAAGAGCAGUUACUUUUAACAGUUAAAAAGGUGAUAUAUAUGACUGUAAUAUGCUUAAAAAUGACCUGAAAAACUGAUUACCACUAUUUAUUAUUAUAAUUUUGUUCCUGAAUUAUGUUUUCUCCCUGUUGAACCAUGUGUAGAUAGCAGGGCUUUUUUGUCAUUUUGGGAAAUCGCUAUUAAACUCUGUCCCUUGUCAUUUUCUCUAUGUCUAGUUCACACCUUUUGUUUUCAAACUAGUAUGUUAAUAAGUUUGUUUUCUUCUUUUAUCAUAUUUUAUAUACAACGCAUUCACUCUCUGGACAACAACAUAUGGACUGUUUGCCCCUGCUGUGCUAUUCAUGCUCUGCAGUUUAUCCUGCAUAACUGGAAAACAAAAUUAACUCCUCAUUUAAAAAGAAUUAAAAAAAAAAAAUCCUCAGACGUUUUUACAAAA